AUGCAGACGCCGAGCCCAUGCAGUGCCUCGGUGAGCGAGCGCCGGACCCUUCGUUCUGGAGCCUCGCGAGGGAGAGCUGCGCAAAGACAUGUGCAUCCAGCGCCUGCUGGGGCAUUUUGGGGGGGCCUCGGAUCCCCUCGCGGGCUUCGUCUGCGGCCGCCCGGGGCCGCCGGGGCCUCCCCGGCAGCCCCAUGGGGCGCCCCGGGCCAGGGCCACCUUUCCGCGACGCUCCAGAGGCUGCACGUCCGCUACGCCCACGGGGAGGCGCCCAUGAGCGAGAUACUGCGGCUCGGCGGCGGACAGGGCAAGCCCGUGGUCGUGGAGGCGGUGGCCUCGAAUAGCAAGGCCGCCCGCGCUGGGGUCUCGCAGGGCUGCACCCUCUCCAGCAUCAACGGCCACACCGACUUUGGCUGGCUCCCUGGCUGGCAGGUCCACCUCCUGCUGUCCGCGCCGGUCGUGCUGGAGUUCGUCCCCCCCCUGCAGGCGGCCGACGCGAAGUGCACGGAGAUACGCCUGAAGAGGCCAGGCGCCCCCAUCGGCCUGCCGCCGGGAGGCCCGCUGGUCGAGGGCUCCCUGGCCGAGACGGUGACCUUCCAGCCGGGCUCCGCGCCCCUGUGGCUGCGGGCGCGCGACGUCGAGCCUGCUGGUUCAACGGUGCCAGUCCCGACGCGCCCAUCUCGAGCUGGGCUCCCCCGAGGCCCAGGGCCUGGUCGCAGAGGCCCUGCGCAGCGCACAGGAGACCGUCGCGCUCGAGGCGCCGCUGGUCACAGUGCCGCGGCCAGGGCGCGCGCGAAGGGCACGGCCGGACCCGCUCUGCGGCGCGGCGGGGUGCUUCGCGGUGUGCGUGGGCGAGCUCGAGGAGAGGUGCCUCGCACCGCCCAUCUCGGGGAGGGCGAGGGGGUGUAG